AUGUCUGACAACACCCAGAAGAUCGACGAGACCCCCGUCCCCAUCCAGCUCACUGAAGCUCCUCCUGCCCCCGAGGCCCCCGCCCAUGAGACCCAGGAGAAGCCCGCCGAGGACCAACCUGAGGAGCCCCAGAGCUGCGAGAAGCCUGAAGGUGCUUGCUGCGGCGGCCACUAA